CACUUUAAAGUUACUUACACUUACACAAAAACACAGAAACAAAGUUCUUACCCAAUCAUGGAUUCAGAAUCAAUAGAAAGUUUGGGUAACAUGCCCGAGUGCAACAAGCGGCUGUUGAACGAGAUUGAUCCCAUAUCCCGGACUUCAAAAUGCGAUAAAAGCGUUAAAGAGAUCUUCGAUGUCGAUGAGCCGGUCAGCUUUUCUUCUAUGGGAGAAGAGGAAAUGGAAAUUCUGGAUCAUUCUGAGCUGUCAACAGACGAUAUAGAUCGGGCCAUGAAGCUCGGUCACGAUAUUGAUUGCCUGAUUCGACAGAUUGAGGUCAUGCAGAUAGCCAUUAGGAGACGUCAAGUUAAGGAAAGUAGCGAAAUGAUCAGUGAAAAAUCGGAAGAACCUUAUGUAGAAACCCUAACCAAGGCUCAAAUGCAAUGCAAAGAGAUUGAAAAUCAAGAAAAGGAAAAUGACUUUAAAAUCAAGGAGCAGACUUUAACCAAAUGGCAGCCACUGAAAGAUGAGGAAUUACUGAAAGCGAGAAGCCUUCUUCAAGCCCACCAUCGCCUGCAAUGUGAAAUAGACGAACUGAUCUGCAGAUAUCGAAAGCUCAAAGAAGUCAUUACAAAAAUGUAUCGAAAUACCCGCUGCAUGAGGGUCAAUAUUAAGGAACUGAUCUCAAAAACCAAGGACGAACUUGCCUGGGCUGAUGAAGUGGCCAAGGAGAUACAGGUGUGCCAUGAUAGAUUCACCUACCUAAGCCAAGCGAAGAUGUCCAAACGCGAGGGAAUCAAAACUGUCAGAGUUCAUGCCGAUAGAUUUGAAAAAUUGAACGAUGCCUAUCUAAGGAAAAGUCGCCUAAAACACGACAUAUUCGAGUUAUCUGAAGAGUCAAUCGAUCUUUUGCAAUUCAUGAGGGAUAUCCUCCAGGAACUAGACCGUAAUAUGUCUAUAUUUGGAUCUAAAAGCGUGAAUAGGAAGGAAAGUCUAAUCGAAUUUUUGGAAUCUUUAACCGUGGCAUCUAGUUUGUGUAAUAAGUUUCGUGAUUCUUUAGAUAAUCUACAAAGGGGUGAUGAAUAAAUUUUACUGAACUAAAAAAGGAAGAAAAGUAGCAAAGCAUUAUCAAAAGAUGACUAACGCUGGGAGCUCAAUAAUAAAUGUUGUUGAACA